CAACCAAUCGGUGAGAGUGCUGUCCCACCAUGUCGAGUGAAGCUCAUCCAGGAAUCGGCCAAUCAGCGCUGGGCUCCUCCAUCAGCCUCCGCCGCUCGGCCUGGGAGAAGAAAGAGCUUGAGAAGAAGGAAGAUGAGAGAGCACUCGUUACCUCCUCUCACAGUCAAACAGAGCUCCGUCAGGAGGAAGAGGCUCAUCUGGGUCCCGCUCACGCCAACUUCCAGGUUGAUCCUCCACACACCAUGCCUACUGAAAACAACCACCACCAUGCUGCCUCCUACCAUCACCCCCCGAACAGGCCUAGCAGUAGCACCUCGACGCGAAGCGCCCAAUCCAGAAAGUCGGCGUGGGACGAGCCGCCGCGGGACAAGCGGGUUACGCCCGUCAUCCCGCAGAAGAAAACAACGGAGGUUGGGCAGCACGGGGAUGUUCGGGUGCGAUCGGUUGAACUCCAAGAGGUAAACGGCAGGCCGCGGGAUGGGGAGCCCGAUUUAAUGUUGGACAUCACAUGUAUGGAAUCAAUUAAAGGAUUUACCAAAGUCUUCAAAUCAAAAAAGUUCAAAUCGCCUCACCUUGAGGACCUCUAUCAACGCUACUUCUUCAGCUUGAACAAGAGUAGUUUAUCAAGUUUGCUUGGUCUCAUUGCACUGACUGUAAUCGUUAUUCUAGGGUUUCACUACGGAGCGGGUCUUACGUCAUGGGUUAAAGGAACUUUUCUAGGACUUUUUGAAAUUGUGUUUAUCGUGCUAGGUAUCUUGUGCAAUCGGAGUGCUUUCACGCCCAGACAAUUACGCUUUGUGUGCUAUGUGGUAUUAGCGCUUCUAGGAGCCAUCGUAAUCAUCGACGUCAUCGACACCGAGCCCAGGUCGGCGACGGCGGGGGUCUGGACCACCGUCUUUAUCAUCUAUUUGAUCUAUACGCUUCUGCCGGUGCGGAUGCGACUUGCUGUAAUGUUUGGAUUGGUUUAUUCUGUUCUUCAUGUGGCUUGCACUGUAGGCAGAAACCCACAGGACGCUUUCCUUUGGAAGCAGGUAAGAUCCAAAGUUUAUUUCACCAAUAGGUUCCACUCACUUCUACGAAUACCAAGGUUCACAUUCUGAGCUCUGUCCUGCAGU